UAUUUAAGGGCUGAGUAAUGCAAGUUGUCUAGAGUGCACCUCAUGUUGCCUAGGACUACACAAAAGCUGCUUGCCUGAGUGCUGAGGCCGUGGGCCCUGCAUGUGGAAGUGGGCUGCUAAGGCACGGCGUGAUCAUCCAGGUGGAGGUGGUGUGAUUGCUCCUGCCUUAGCGCUAGUCAGUGGCCAUGGCGGACACGAUCUUUGGCAGUGGGGUGGAUCAGUGGGUGUGUCCCAAUGACCGGCAACUGGCACUGAGAGCCAAGCUCCAGACAGGCUGGUCGGUGCACACGUUCCAGACUGACAAGCAGAGGAAAAUGCAGGCACUGAACCCAAAGGAGCUAGAUGUCAUCCUGGAGGUCAUCCACCGGGCAGAGAAGCUGGACCUCGUUGAGCAGCAGCGCAUUGGGCGCCUGGUGGAGCGGCUGGAGAACAUGAGGAAGAACGUGAUGGGAAAUGGGCUGUCUCAGUGCCUGCUGUGUGGCGAGCUGCUUGGGCUGCUGGGCUCCACGGCCGUCUUUUGCCAAGACUGCAAAAAGAAAGUCUGCACCAAGUGCGGGAUUGAAACCCUGGGGACCCAGAAGCGCCCGCUGUGGCUCUGCAAAAUCUGCAGCGAGCAGAGAGAGGUCUGGAAGCGGUCCGGCGCGUGGUUCUACAAGGGGCUGCCCAAGUACAUCCUGCCCUUGAAAAGUUCCAGCAAAGCCAACGACCUGUUCCUGCGGCCGCAACAACCAGAGCCUGCUUCGCAAGGGGUGAAGGGCAUCGAGACCAACCGGUUCUACACCUGGGCCAGAGGGAGAGUGGUUUCUAGCGACAGCGAGAGCGACUCAGAAUUCAGCUCUUCCAGCCUGGAAGACAAGUCCCCAGCUGCAAGGUUACCAGGGUGCAAGUCCAGCAAGCACCAAGCAGAGUCAGUGUCUAGCAGCGAGCCUCUUCGGACCCCUGGCAUGGUCCUAGGGAGCACCCACUCUCCUGCCCUCUCGGAGAGCCACAGCAUCCUGGGCAGUGAGCGUGGUGGAGGCCUCGGCACCACGGAGAGCUGCCAGAGCGACCUGCCAGCCAAGUCGUCGGACAGCGAUGUCAGCAGAAUCAUCCCUGGCAAACGGCGCCUCCACACAAGCCCCCGCCGCUGAUGGGAGUCAGAAUCUUGCAGCUGGACCUGGAUCUUGUCUCGCCCAUCCAGUCCCGUAUUCUCAUCAUGGAUUAUGUGGCCCUGGCCCUCUGUGGCCCCUGGGAUGCCAGGAUUCCUAUAGGCCUUAGUUACACUAUGCUGCCUGGCACUGGGUGUUGCUGUCCUCUUGCCAUAGUCAUUUGCUUUGCCUCCUGCCAGCUCACGAAGAAUGGGAGAUGUUUGGCUCAGAGGGAUGCUCUUAGAGAGGACUGGAGCAGGUGACACCAUAGUACCCAGGCAACUGUGUGUGAAGAUGUCUGCUGAGACUUCCUUCCCUCUGCUCUCCAAAAUGAAGAGCCCCACACUUAGCCUGCCUCCCUACAGGCUAUCUCAGCACAUCAUGGCAGGGAGGCCUCAGGAGCACUGGACUGGGAGUCAGCACACCUGUGUGGUACUCUUGCCUCAUAAAGCAGCCUUGAGCCAUCCCCCUUGUGUCCUGGCUGGGGUUUCCCUGUUUGCAAACUGGAGGGGGCAAGAGGAUUGUCCGCUGUGGGAAAGUGCUUCGGGAGCCUCAAAUGAAAGGCACUGCCUGAGUAGCAUCCACCCAGGGCAAAGGUCUGCUCAUCCCUUUACAUCCCAGCAAUGCUCUUGAGUGAGAGCAUAAGUGUGCAGAGCCCUUGUUCUGGUUCUCUGGCCUGGGGUGGGCUUCACCCAGUAAAGCACUCAGGGUGAAACUGUGGCCUUCAGGAAGUCAAUGAAAGUUUACCCUUGGUUCCUACUUAGCCAGGGUUUCACCCCAAGUAUUUAUUAAUAGCACUAUUAUUACUGGAUUUCUUGUUUUUAAUCUGGGCCUCCCUUUAAGCAGGUGCAGCUGUGCUCCUCUUUCCUCCCACUGGACAUGGCUGUCUCAUUGGGAUGGUGAUUGAUUUACUCAGGAGAGCAACACUGGCAUGAGGCAGCCCCCCCACCUCUUCUGCCGUCUCCUGCUCUACUUUCUGGCUUUUGUUCCAAGGGCGCUGUGUAGACAUUGAUAUCGUGAGUUCUUUGUACGUGUCAACUGCUGCAUGUUUCAGACCAUUCAAUGGGAAGUCCAAACCAUGCCCUGACCAGUCCGUUUGGUUGCCAGCUGAUAGGUGACUUGGCUAAAUGUUUUCCCUUGUCAAAGUGUGUGUGUUCUUGCUGUCCUGCAAUCCUGUGUGACCCAGGUGCCCAUUCUGCCCUUUUCCAGUGCUGUCUUAGGUGGCAUCUGGCUGGUUGCACUUGUAUUCACUAUUUAAUGUUGGGGAAGGCUGGGAGUUCCCUCCCUUCCCAUCCUUUCUAGGGACUCAGCUCUUUCUCCAGUGUUUGGCCCACAUCAUGAAGCCAAACACAACUCCUGUAACGUGAGUCAGCAACUGGAGCUCAGUGGGAGUCUUUUGAUUGCUUCUGAAAGGCUUUGAACCAGUCUCAUAAUUCUGCUAAAGAUGCAAGAGAUGUCGAGAGUUCUGCCCAGGAAACGGUAAUAGUUUCAGAAGCAGUUCACUACCACGAGCAAGUCACCUUACCUUUUGGAAUCUCAACACUCCGCUUUCGUCCCUAAAUAAAUUCUUCAUCCCCUUCCCAGCUUACUCCCUCCCACCUGCACACUUUUCCAAGUGGCCCCAGCACAAAGAUAAAUGUGAUCAGAUAUCAGGACUCAGUCAGAUCACCCUUUGGAUUUGCAGAGAGCACCCUGCCAUGGCUGCUUUUCUUGCUGCUGUUCUGCAUGGGAACUACUAUUAAGGUCCUUGGUUUUAACUUUCAGUCUAGGUUCUCUCUGAAGCCUGAGUCCCUUUAACUGGGAUGAGCUGAGCCCCUCCCCAUGGUAGAUAUGAAUGGACGGGAGAGGUUGCGAUUCUCAGCAUCACGGCUGGUAUAAGUACCUGUCAGUCGGCACCUGUGUACCCUAAGUGAUGUUUGAAAAUUCGGCCAGCCCACUGUGUUAGCCGAAGCCCCCGCCAUCAGUCGGGGUGCUCCACAGCUGGGCUCAGAGAACCUCCCUCUUCUGUGCGUGUUGGGUGGGGGGCUGUGACUUAACUAGAGACCAACUAGCAAUUCCAGGGACAUCCGUGUCAAGUCUCCUUCUUGAGACAUCGUAAUGGAGCUUUGUUUUCAGAGGGUGGACUUUCUGAAAAAUAGGCCUCUUUAAAAUGUAGCGAGUUAGACAUCCCAAAAUGCAGGUGCCUUAAAUUGGUAGCUAGUCCAGAAAAAUAUAAGGCCAAAGGUUAACAUUUUCAAAACUACUUGGAUGAUUUAGGAACCUAAAUCUCAUGGGCUUUCAGUGAAACUCCAAAGGGACAGAUGUCUGAAGUUAUUCUGGCACACCAAGAUGCAGAGAUGCCCAGGGUCUUUGGAAAAUCUCACUCAGACGUGUCUUCAUUUUUUAACUGAACCUCUGUAAAUUUGACCCUCCGUGCAUAAGUUGCUUCUGAAAAUAGGCCUAAAGCACUUUUGAACAGGUUACCCCAUUUUUAAUUGAUUCUUUCUCUGCAUUACUACCAGCAUUUUGCAUUAAGACCGAAGUACAUUUUAAAUGUGUCACUCUUCGUGCUGCUUGUUUCCUUGUUACACUUCACUCAGCUUGGACAAUGGAAACAGGCCGGCCAGUUUUUUACCAUGUUUCACGGUUGCUUUCACUCCUAGGUCUCGCUCCCCAGCACAAUGCGGGCAAUGUUGCAGGGGAAUGUUUUGCUCCUUACACAAUCUUUAUUGCUUUGUUUGGUUGUUUUAUGUCAUGGAAAUGUUUCUCUUCCCCUUACGUUUUGUCAGAUACUUUUGGGUAAAGCAAACACAGAUUUGUGGCUGCGGUGGUCCUUGUCAGUCCCAACAAACCCAUUCGCCUCCCUCCUACUUCUGGAAUUCUGACUUCAGCAGAGUCAUCUCUGGUGGACUGUCUGAUCCAGGACAUGGCAGUGAAAAGAGUCCCACUGUCCCAUGUGGGUAAAGGAUCAGGCCCAGUCUAUGUAGACGGACAGCCACGUACAGUACGGCAACUUGCAAAGCUGCACGUGCAUAUUUUCUGUGAACAAUGCCUCGUCCACCAAGGAUGUAGCUUGCACUCGUGUGUUAUGAAGCUCUGUGUGAAAGCAUGUACUUCCCUUAAUCUGUAACAGUGAACUGCCUUGCUUUCAGUUGGCUUUGGGAGGAGAUGGGGAUGGGAGUGUGAACUGUUCGUACCUUGCUAGGAUGUUGCGCAGAUCUUUUUUUUCCCCCCCUCCCCAUUCAUGUUCUGUAAUAUUUUAAACCUGGAAACAAUAAAGCUUUGACUCUGCA